AUGCCAGACAACUCACCGGCUCUUGUAAAAUUAAUAAGUCGUCUAACCGAAUUAGAUCCCCGUUUUGUUCGCAAUGUUCAACAGGAUGCCAGUGAAUUCCUAUUGAACUUAUUCCGAUACUUCGAAAAGUCGGCUGUAUUUCGAAAUCCUUUUUGUUUUGAUCUAACAACAACUAUCGAGUGCUCUCACUGUUGUACUCGGUCGUCUCAUUCCGAAACUCACUAUUUGUUGAACGUACCGAUAACCGAUCCAAAAUCUGAUAAUCAACUCUGCCGACUCCUAGAUACAGUUUGUCAGAUAGAACACUUAACCGAUUAUCACUGUGAUAUAUGUAAAACAAAUGCUCAAAUGAAAGUUUCGUUUCUAUCUCUUUCGUCCAAUUUUUUGAUCUGCUUAAAACGUACUCCUGCAACUAAGAACACUGCUGUGAUUUUUGACGAAGUCCUCUAUCUCACAAAAUAUGUUUCGCAAAAUAAUACAUCUUUUGAUUAUGAUCUUUCUGCAGUCAUUACUCAUUUGGGUGAUAGUCUUGACCAAGGACAUUAUAUAUGUUAUCGUAAAAAUUUAUUGACCGGUGGCUGGUUUAUGGUUGACGAUGCAAGAGUAAUGCCGUGUGAAACCGGAAGAGUAAUGCGUCAGCAGAAAACGGCCUACAUGUUGUUCUAUACCAGGAAGAAUGAGCAAUCGCCAGUAGUUCCAUCUGAGAAUGCAGAAACUUCUAACGAAGAUGAUAUCACAAAGUCCGAUCGUGAAGUUAAACUUUUCUUCCAUCCCGGUAAAAACGUGCGAGAACCACAAAAACGAUGGGGAGUAUGUGAUGCAUUUGGAUCGCCGAGUGCACCGUAAGUAUCGCUUACAACAAAACAUCCCAAGUAUAUUAAUGAAAUGUAUUGCAAGUACUAGAAUAAGCUAUGCUAGUCACGAGUCUGAUAUCCAUUGCUGCCACCACAACUUUCUCCUAUGGGUGAAAUCCGGAUCUUGUAAGAUCCACAACGGACUUUGAAAGGAACGAAUCCUGAUGCGGCCACAUGGUAGACCAUAUCGACUUGCCUGUCUCUAUAAGUUCUUACAUCUAAACAAUUAUUUUUCACUGAGACUUAAAAACUGUAUUGUACAAAAUACUGAAAAUUUGACGAUUUAUAG